CCUCCUCACCAGGAAGUGGUAUGCUGGAGAGCUCUGGUUAUGUUUUGACAAUGAUGGAGGAAGAAGAAUUGGAGUUUGCUGAGGAUUUGGAGGCUAUAUUGCAUCUAACCCCAGAGGUGCAACAAGCCAUUGAACAGGUGUUUCCCAGCCAGGACCCGCUGGACAGAGCAGACUUCAAUGCUGUAGAAUACAUCAACACACUGUUCCCCACCGAGCAGUCUUUGGCUAACAUUGAUGACGUGGUAAACAAGAUCCGACUGAAGAUCCGGCGCCUGGAUGACAACAUCAGAACAGUUGUGAGAGGCCAGACCAAUGUGGGCCAGGAUGGCAGACAGGCUUUGGAAGAGGCCCAGAUCGCCAUCCAGCAGCUCUUUGGCAAAAUCAAAGACAUCAAGGACAAGGCAGAGAAGUCUGAACAAAUGGUCAAGGAGAUUACAAGGGACAUAAAGCAGCUGGACCAUGCCAAGCGCCACCUAACUACAUCCAUCACCACCCUCAACCACUUGCACAUGUUGGCAGGGGGUGUUGACUCUUUAGAAGCCAUGACCAGAAAAAGGCAGUAUGGUGAGGUGGCCAACCUGCUGCAGGGAGUGGUCAACGUGCUUGAACAUUUCCACAAGUACAUGGGCAUACCCCAGAUCAGACAGCUUUCUGAGAGAGUGAAGGCAGCUCAGAGUGAGUUGGGGACUCAGAUCCUGGCAGAUUUUGAAGAAUCUUUCCCCUCUCAAGGCUCCAAGAGACCAGGUGGUCCCAGUAACGUGCUGAGAGAUGCCUGUCUGGUGGCCAAUGUGCUGGAUCUGCGCAUUAAACAGGAGAUUAUCAAAAAGUUCAUCAGGCAACACCUCUCAGAGUACCUGGUAUUAUUCCAAGAAAACCAAGAUGUUGCAUGGCUCGACAAGAUUGAUCGCCGCUACGCCUGGAUCAAACGGCAGCUGGUGGACUAUGAGGAGAAGUAUGGACGCAUGUUUCCUGAGGAGUGGUGCAUGACGGAGCGUGUUGCUGUGGAGUUCUGCCACAUCACCAGGGUGGAGCUGGCCAAAGUGAUGCGGACACGCGCUAAGGAGAUCGAAGUGAAGCUGCUUCUGUUUGCUAUUCAGAGGACUACGAACUUCGAGGGUCUUCUGGCCAAACGUUUCACAGGAUGCACCUUGACGGACAUACCUGGACAGAAAAAGCCAGAGAGCCCUCUCGAGUCUACUAACCCCUUCCUGGAGGACGAGGGAGGUGAGGAUGUGGGCGCAGAUAAGGACGAGGAUCUGGCUAAGCCAAGGAAGCCAAAAGCUCCGGACAACCCUUUCCAUGGCAUUGUCUCGAAGUGCUUUGAACCUCAUCUCUACGUCUACAUAGAAUCCCAAGACAAGAACCUGGGCGAACUGAUUGACCGGUUUGUGGCUGACUUCAGAGCUCAAGGUCCGCCCAAGGCAGGCACAGAGGAGGGCGGAGCAGUGCUGCCCAGCUGCGCUGACCUGUUUGUCUAUUACAAGAAGUGCAUGGUGCAGUGUUCCCAACUGAGCACCGGAGAGCCAAUGAUCGCCCUCACAACCAUCUUCCAGAAAUUCCUGAGAGAGUACGCUUGGAAGAUCCUCUCUGGCAACCUGCCCAAAUCCAACAGUAACAGCGUGGGUCUGACCAUCAGCAGUCUGCUGAAGGAGAAAGAAGUCUCAGAAGCUGCAAAGUUCACCGUGGACGAGCUCUGCCUGAUCUGUAGCAUCCUCAGCACUGCAGAGUACUGCCUGGCUACCACACAACAGUUGGAAGAGAAACUUAAGGAGAAGGUAGAUAAACUCCUGGUGGAAAGAAUUAAUUUGACAGGAGAGAUGGAUACAUUCAGCACUGUGAUCUCAAACAGUAUCCAGCUACUCGUUCAAGAUCUUGAUGCUGCCUGUGACCCUGCUCUUACUGCUAUGAGCAAGAUGCCGUGGCAGAGUGUAGAGCAUGUGGGUGACCAGAGUCCUUAUGUGACGUCAAUCAUCAUGCACAUUAAACAAAAUGUGCCGAACAUCAGAGACAAUCUGGCCUCCACACGCAAAUACUUCACACAAUUCUGCAUCAAGUUCACAAAUUCUUUCAUUCCCAAAUUUAUCAACCACCUGUUCCGAUGUAAGCCUAUCAGCAUGGUGGGCGCUGAACAACUCCUCCUCGACACUCACUCCCUGAAGACCGUCUUGCUGGAUCUGCCCUCCAUAGGCUCCCAGGUGCUCCGCAAGGCACCUGCCAGCUACACCAAGAUAGUGGUGAAAGGCAUGACCCGUGCAGAGAUGAUCCUUAAGGUGGUGAUGGCCCCACAUGAACCGCCAGUGGUGUUUGUUGAUAACUACAUCAAGCUCCUGGCUGAUGGAAAUCCUGAGACCUUCCAGAAGAUUCUGGACAUGAAGGGUCUGAAGCGCAGUGAACAGAGCAGCAUGCUGGAGCUCUUCAGGCAGAGGCUACCCACUCCACCUUCCGGGGCCGACGGUGGGCCCUCUCUCUUCAGUUUCCCCACCCCUGAACAGGAGUCCUCUCGCAUCCGCAAACUAGAGAAACUCAUCAAGAAGAGACUGUGAACAGAGGCACAUUGAAAUUGCAUCCUGAAAAUUAAAAAGGGCUGCUGGCUGGGAUGGUAGUCACGGCUUUUUUUUACUGUAAUUCAUCUCAAAGACAUUCAGUUAUCGUGGAGAAAGAGCAAAAAGUUGACUGACAGUAAUAAGAACCCAAGCUGACGUCGGAAUAUGAAGAAACAUCCUCAAAUGCUACUUGUUCCAUAUGUAACUUACUUCUGCAACUUCCCACCUUUCUUUUCAUGACACCAAUGUCUUGAGUUUUGUAACAUUACUACAUCAUUGCACAUUACUACAUGCACUCAGAAAAACUAUUGUAGUGCUAUUAGCUAAAUGGUGCUCAGAGAGCCUCUGGCUGCCUCUCUGGUACAUGUCUAAUCCACAAUGAUUACAGGAAGCCUGAUCUUAAUGGAAGUUGAUGUUUUCUGAACAUAACAUAUUUCAAUGGUUUCCCCUCAACUAUUUUAACUUCAAGUAACGGAUACCAGGUUGAAAUUCAUGUGCAUGUCUGUCAGCCAUUGAAGUGGACAUAGAUGAUGGGGUUGUUUGUGUGAACGGUGGCCUAAAAUGAAUCGCUGACUCCGGGUUUAGAGUCCCCACGUCUGGGACGAAUAGAAUCGUUUGAUUUCCUGCAUCAUCAGUCCGAUGUGACUGUGAUUUCUCUUAAUAUUUAAAAUCCAUCUAGGUUGACUUGAAAAUGAGAACCAAGUCUUUUCACUUGGGCCGUUGCCUGGGCAGUAUACUAAGUAUAUGUACAUAAGUAUGUUAGUAUACUAAGCAUGUGUACAUAAGAGCACAUAUGUGCGGUCAGUCAGUCUAAUUUGUUUAACAGUCCAAAAAUAUUCUUUGAUAAUUUAGUCCUCCGUCUCCUUUGCAGUGACAUGUAAACAAGGUUUAGUUCUAGUAUAUCCAACAUAUCCAUAGGACAACAAAAUGCUCAGUGUUCUCUGAAGCUGCUCCCUCACGAAUCCUCUUCAAUGUCCAAUACAUCAGUCUGGAAGAAAGCAAAAAUCAGCUAUUUAUUUGAAGUCAAUGCCCUGAUCGCUGAUUUUAAUGCCAGUGCCUCUCAGUUGUAGUAACUCAAGUCAAUGUAACUGCAUUAGUGUACACCAAGGGGUAGGCAACGGUGGCGUAACCAAUGACACACUAAGUGUGCAAGAGAGUUUUUUGGAAAUGUUUGAUUAUUUUUUUUCCCUUGCAGGAAGACCCACCAUACUCUGCCUCUGAUUGGCUACUACUUGUCGUCUUUGCUGAAUUGUAUUACUGAUUAACAAGAUUGGUGGUAUUAAUGAUUUCAACUCAGAUAUGGUUGUUCUCAUCAGCCUUCUUGUAUACUAUCGAAUAAAAUUACAAUGACCUGAUUUUGGGAGAACAUUUGUGUUUUUUUAACUAUUACUAAAUUACAGAUCCAUUGGAUAUUUCAUUUUUGAUGUGCCAUAAUUCAACUUAAAGGUAACUUUGAUGUUGAUAUUUCACACAAAAAAAAAAAUGGCACAUCUUAUCAAAAAGGUUGCCUGCCCCAUGGCGUACACAUCAACGCCUUCAGGUACAAGACGUUGCUUCUUUGUGUUGUCUGAAUUGUAUGCUACACGCGCAAUUGUUGAACACCAUUAAAAUAUUACCGCUUUGUGCGUCAUGAA